AUGCACCAACCGCCGCCCAACUCAGCCACAGGCCCCAACGCGCCGCCGCAAAUCAGCGUGAAUGGGACCCAACUGCAAGUGGGAGAGAACUUCCCGUACCUGGGCAGCACCCUCUCCCGCAACACCAAGAUCGACGACGAAGUCGCCAACAGGAUCUCGAAAGCCAGUCAAGCCUUCGGCCGCCUCCAAAGCACAGUUUGGAAUCGUCAUGGACUUCAACUGAGCACGAAGCUGAAGAUGUACAAGGCCGUCAUCCUGCCGACGCUACUGUAUGGAGCGGAGACUUGGAAGGUGUACACAAAGCAGGCACGCCGACUGAACCACUUCCACCUCAGUUGUCUUCGUCGCAUCCUGAGGCUGAACUGGCAGGAUCGAAUCCCCGACACUGAAGUACUGGAGCGCACGGGAAUCCUCAGCAUCUACACCAUACUGAGACAAUUGCAGCUGCGCUGGAGCGGCCACUUGGUGCGCAUGGACUACGAGCUACUACCAAAACGACUCUUCUACGGAAACGUCGCGACGGGUUCUCGUCGUCAAGGAGGCCCAAUUCGCCGUUACAAGGAUACUCUUAAGUCCUCCCUGAAGCGUCUGCAAAUCAACCCGACCAACUGGGAGGAGCUCGCACUCGACCGACCGGCCUGGAGGAGGACAGUUAAGACAGGCGCUGCGAUCUACGAAGCCAAUCGCAUCGCUGCCGCCAAAGCAAAACGCAAAGCCCGCAAAUCAUAA